AUGCGUUUAGGCUCGAUGACGUUCAUGUCGGGGAGCAGUGAUGCUGAUUGGCAUGUUUUGUCUCCCCGACUGGCGUACACCGACGGGGGCGUCACAUUAGACAUCGAUCCUAUACCCAGCGCUCAGCAUAAGGGCCUUAUCGCGGUUGCCGUUAUGGCCAUUCUCUCUUUCGUUGCAACACUUGCCCUCAUCUGCUUCAUCACCUACCGUCUAGUCUUCUGGCGCUCCAACUAUCACCGGUACAUCGGUUACAAUCAGUACGUCGUACUCAUCUACAACCUGGUCCUGGCCGAUCUUCAACAAUCUCUUGCGUUUCUUAUAUGUAUCAAAUGGAUUGCCGAGGACAAGAUGCAAGCUUCUUCUGCGGCCUGCUUUCUUCAGGGAUUCUGGUUGCAGAUUGGGGACCCAGCUAGUGGUCUUUUCGUGCUCGCCAUUGCGAUCCAUACAUACCUUCUUGUUGCCAUGGGCCACAAACUUAGCUAUCGAGUGUUCCUCGGGGGAGUAAUCGGUCUUUGGAUAUUCGUCGCUGUGUUGGUUAUCAUCCCACUUGCGGCGCAUGGGAAAGAUAUUUUCCUUCCAUCUGGCGCCUGGUGCUGGAUCAGUGAAGAAUACGAGGCCGUCCGCCUAUGGACGCAUUAUCUCUGGAUUUUCCUGGCGGAGUUUGGCACAGUCUGUCUCUAUGCAAUCAUGUGGUUCCAACUGCGUCGACAAAUUGCACGGUCCGCGAUCCUCGGAAGCAGUCAUACGGAAAGUCUCAAGCGCAUCCGUCGAGUCAUCGGCUACAUGGUGAUCUACCCAUUAUCAUACCUUGUCUUGUCACUUCCCCUGGCAGCCGGACGGAUGGCCACCGCACAGGGCAAUACACCGAGUGUGGUCUAUUUCUGCAUCGCUGGGGCGCUGAUCACAAGUUCCGGUCUAGUGGAUGUGCUGCUUUACACUCUCACCCGCCGGAACCUGAUCCUUGAAUCUGAACCAAGUGAAACCAACAGCUACAAUCGAUUUCCAAGCGGCAAAAAUCGGAGAGCAGAUAACCAUCUUACCACCAUCACUGCGGACCCUCACCAUAAUCACGCCGAGAUCAGCGUCCUGCGUACUCGCAGGGACCGCAACGAUGAGGACGAGGACAUGAGCAGCCCCGUACGCGAUGGAUCAACAGACAAUAUCGUACAGCCUGGCAUGGAACUGGCGCCCAUGGGCAAGGUGUUCCAGCAUACCACCAUCGAAAUCACGCACGAACCGGCCUACCCUGAGGCCGAGGGGAGCGAAAGGUCGAGUAAAGAUUCGAUACAACACCCAAUGACAGGCACCGAGAACGCGUCUCGAAGGUGGAGGAGGUAA